AUGGCGUCCUCAGAAAGUCACAAGGCGGCCAUGCGGCAGGCUCUGGAACUCGCCAAGAAGUCCCCGCCAAAGCCAACCAACUUCCGGGUCGGUGCCCUCCUCAUGAGGCUGGACGACGGCCACAUCUCCGCCGAGGGCUACACGCUGGAGCUCCCUGGAAACACUCACGCCGAAGAGUGCUGUCUCUUGAAGCUCGCAGAAGAGCACUCCACUACGGAAGAAGGCCUUGACGCUGUCAUGAAGAGCCCGCAUGCACUCUACACCACCGUCGAGCCCUGCUUCAAGCGUCUCAGCGGCAAGCUGCCGUGCGUCGAGCGGAUUCUGCGCCAGAAGUCGUGGAUCAAGAAGGUGUACGUGGGCGUCUUGGAGCCCGAGACAUUCGUGGGAAAGAACCCUGGCCGCCAAUUGCUGGAAGGGGGCGGCGUUGAGGUGGAAUAUGUGGCUGGAUUCGAAGAGGAAAUCCUUGCGGUGGCGGCAGCUGGUCACGCAUCGUCUUGA